AUGUCAGGGGGCGAGUUCGAGUUGGAAGACCACAGGUCUUUGCUCCGUUCUAACCCGUCAGCUUCUGUGCCCGAUUUGGAAGGUCAGGGGUCGGCGACACCGAGGAAGAAGGGAAUUGGAGAACUACUACGCCAACUGGAUCGGGGGCUCUCCGGCCGACGGCUGACUAGGAGGUACUCGGAUACCCGGGCGGACUCUACGCCGCUGUCGCCGAGUCGUCUUGGCCCGGCGCUGCAUGCAACAGGAUCUGUGCCGGAUGAGCUUGGGGAUGGGGCACCUCCGGAGUGGGCGCUGUUGCUCAUUGGUUGCCUUCUUGGGGUUGCUACAGGCGUUUGCGUGGCUGCCUUUAAUCGUGGGGUGAGGUUUUUUUGAAGACGGUACCAGUCUGUUUUUGAUUUUUUUUCUCUUUUAUUUGUGCAUGUAUAAUUAUCUUUCUACGGUAAUUUCGUAUCUCUUCCUGGUGCUCACACUAAAUGACAGCUUUCCCAAAAAAAUUAGAAAAGGAUACUCUUAUGAUAUCACUUCACGAAUGAUGAUCAGCUCAUUUUAUUGCCUUUCGUCCAUUUCGUCAUGGCCGGUCAUCUUUGAAAUUUCUUCUUAAUGACAUUGAUUUUAUACCAGGUCCACAUAAUACAUGAGUGGGCGUGGGCAGGUACUCCAAAUGAAGGUGCUGCAUGGCUGCGUAUGCAGAGGCUGGCUGAUACAUGGCACAGAAUUCUGUUAAUACCAGUAACAGGAGGUGUAGUUGUUGGCAUGAUGCAUGGACUUCUUGAAAUUUUUGACCAAAUUAGGCAGUCCAGAUCUUCCCAAGGAACCGGUGUCGAUCUUUUAUCUGGAAUUUUCCCCACAGUAAAGGCUAUCCAGGCAGCUGUGACCCUUGGUACUGGAUGUUCUUUGGGUCCUGAAGGCCCGAGUGUUGAUAUUGGCAAGUCAUGUGCAUAUGGUUGUUCAGAAAUGAUGGAGAAUAACAGAGAGAGAAGAAUUGCACUCGUUGCUGCUGGAGCUGCAGCUGGAAUUGCUUCUGGUAUGGGAUCUUGCCAUUCAUUUUAGUUUUGGUGAAUAAGUAUUGAUAUUGAUUCGAUUUAUAUUCUUUACUAUUGAGAGAAGUGUAACUGUGGCUAGACUACCUCCCUCUACUCCAUCUUCGUAUUUAUGUUUUAUUCUCAUAUACUGUAAUUGAGCAGGCCAUUUCUUAUGUAUUUUAAAGUGGGACUCCCACGGUGCUCUAUCUUCCGAUUGUUGUUUUGUAUUGAAUCAUUAAGGAUUAACUUUCCUUUUCACUUUUCGUUAUUUUCUGUGAUUUUGCGCCAUAUCAAUUUGUAGUUAUUAAAUUAACAACUUUUAGCAUUCAGAUGCUUUCUAGAUCUCCUGUAUCCAGACUCCAUUUUCAAAUUCUGAAUAGACACAAUGGUUUGAGUGAGUAGAUGAGCGCAUAUUAUCUCACAAAAGGGAACCAGAGUAGGAUGACACAGCAAGUUGGAAAUUGACUUGUUUUUUUGUGUUUCAUGGAUGGACGUUAAACCAUAUUGUAAAUUCCUUGUUUUCUGUCUCUUGAGAAGUGAGAGAGAUGUUCUACUGGGGAACACCCCUAGAGUAGGGAUAUCAAUCCUUGUAUCGUGUGACUCUAUUCUGAAGUUCCACCUUGUUUUCUGAAAUUUUGGAGAGACAUGCAUACUGUAUUCAGAGGACCUACAAGUAUCACAGGUAGUGUCACAGGUUCAUUAUAAAUACAAAAAAGUGGACCUACAAGGUAUCUCCAGUGCUCUAUUGAAAACACUCUACUGUAUCAGGGGUCUAUGGUACAAUGAUGAAGACUUGUCAUUCCUCUCAAUUUGUAGGUUCCAUAAGGAUUGACUUUGUUGGAGUGAAUUUACAUUAAUAGAAAAUAUAUGUAUUGGUUAAGAUUAUAUUUCUUGCAUGUCUGCCAUGCCUUUUCAUGCUGUUGGUGUUGGAGAGAGAGGGUUUUUGAAUAUUGGGGAUUGUGCCUUCAACUUGUAGUAUGUGAUAGGAGUUGAAAGCUGUUAUCAAAUUUAGUGGUUGCCGGAUAAUGCUUCUUGACCAGAUAAUGGGAAAACAUGUGGGGACAAUGUAAUGAUGGAACAUGGGAUGAAUUUUAGUAGUGGUAAAGGAUAGAUGGCGAAAUAUUUUGAGAGCUAAAUUGUGUUCAUUGGCGGUAAGAGCUGAUUAAUUGGGUUCAAGUAAGACUGGGUGAAGAAGCGGCCACAUGUGAUACUAGAUUUUUGACAUAAAUUCAGAUUCAGAGUAAUUUUAGGGCAUGAAUUUAAUUGUGAAUCACAACUCUUGGGAAAGCUGAGAAGAAGAAGCCUAUAGUUGCAGUUGGUUUUUUUUCUUAUCAGAUUUGACUCGGAUUAUGGAUUACAGUGGUGGCAAUAACAGAUGAUGUGCAGAUAGCACCAGGGUGGUUGUAACAUCGAAGGAUUAAUAAAGAGAGUGCUCGACGGCCCUAUUCAGUGUUAGGAUCGUAGAGGGUUAGUUUUCCAAUCAUUGUGCCCAAUGGGUAGGCAGUAGUGGAAAGUUGAUCUUUUUUGGUUAAGAUUCGAGGUUACCAUAAUUGUUACUAAUGUGGGGGAGCGAUUUUAUGGCGGAUGCUUUGAGAAGAAGGUGGUAUGUGAUGAAUCUGUUGCUAUUGCUUUUAUAAAUUGACUGUAUUGAAUGUACGGGGCAAUGGGACUUAUUCAGUCAUGUCACCCAGAACUGGAAGUGGUAGAGGUUAUUGAAAAGUAGUGGGUAUAAUGAAGCAGCUGGUACAAAGGGAGCAUAACUAGAUGCAGUUAGCAAAAGAGUUUUUGAUGAUUGAAAUAAAUCCUGGGCAGAAAAUCAUCUGAAAAACUUUUGAUAUUUUCCUACAUUGAUCAGCCUCUUGUUGUUCUCAUGGUCCAUCCUUCAGGUUCAGUUGAGUCUUUAGUGGAAUCAAGAAUCAGCAGUAUCGAAUCUUAAAUCAGCCUGAGUUGGGAAGAUCCGCUAUAUUUGAAUUGAACGAGGAUAGGCUGGUACCAGUAAAACAUUGAGCAAUUGUCAAGAAUAUGGUCAAAUACGAUAUGAAUUGCUUGAAUUGAGCCUUUCUUCUUUUUUUUUAAAUAAUGCGUUUGUGGAAUGUUAAGAUCUUUAGUUUUGGGCUGAUGUGAAACAGUUGUUGAUUGCAAUCUUCCAUCAUCAUCUAGUUAGCUGACGAGAUUAAAUCAGUGGUCACUUUUGGAGAUCUGCUCCCAAUUUAAAAAAUGGAAAAAGGCUCCAUUCAGGACUGGUUUGUCUUUUUUGUGCUAUGGAAGGUGGGUCAGUAUACUUUUGUUUUAGACGUUGUACUAGCUUUGUGCAAUAUGUAUUGUGAUGGAAACUACUUAAACUUUUUGUGGAUAUUAUUUUUAUUUUCCUAAUGUGUCUGAUAUUUUUGGUAUGAUUUCAGCUCAUCAGUCAUUUAUCAACCCAUUAUUAGCACAUUGAGAUUAGGAUCUAAACCUAACUUGUUCAUUAUGUUAUCUUCUAUUAUUUUUCUUCUGACAUUUAUUACUUCUAUCCUUUGCAAGAGUAAUUAUUGUCCCCCUGCUUGAAUUUCAGGCUUCAAUGCUGCAGUUGCUGGCUGCUUCUUCGCUAUAGAAACCGUUUUAAGGCCUCUUAGAGCUGAAAACUCGCCUCCAUUUACUACUGCAAUGAUUAUAUUGGCGUCUGUUGUAUCAUCCACAGUGUCUAAUGUUCUACUUGGAGAAAGGCCAGCUUUUACUGUGCCCACGUAUGAUCUGAAAUCUGCUGCUGGUAUUUUAUCUUAUUCUGACCCAACUGUGUAUUGUUGGAAUUGGAUAUAUAUGUAUAUCUAUAUAUUGUAAUUAUGUUGAUGACCAUUGUUUUAGGUUAUUGUGCAAGUUUGGUUGCAGUCAUUCUCUUUAGACAUUUUCCUAAUCAAGAUGCUUAAGUUAUCUGGCCUCUCUUGUUCUGAGCACAUGUGCUCUCUAUAAUGCCUAAAUUAUUUUCUGAAAAAAAAGGUUUAUUGUGAAAAUGCUACACCUGUGUUGCUGAGUGAUGCUAUGGCUACCGAACUGUUUUAGAACUUUUUUUUCUCUCACAUUUGUGGGUGUCAUUGGUUGGUCAAUUGCCUGCUGCUGUCAGACUAGCCUGUACGCUGCUGUUUUGGCUAAUACUCCAUUUUAAUUUUUCCUCAUCGAUGCUUGUCUAAUUUUGUCUAAUUUCUGCGCAUGUAGUUUACUUUGAUUCGCGGCAGUCUUACCUCAGCAUCAUGCAGUUCAUUUAAGGCUUUGAUCUUUGUUCUAUGCUUUUAUUACUAUUCGAGUUUUGAUGGUCCUUUUAUAUAAUUUUUGUAAAUCGUGCUUGGUAUAAAGAUACUUAUUAUUAUUUUUUGGGAGAGUGCGAGCUUCUUAGACAGUAUGAAUUUUUUUUUUGCACUUUUUAAGCUUGAUUUUCUUCUUCCCAUUCAUAAGUAAGAUUUCUGUUUUUCCACCUUGCAGAGUUGCCCUUAUAUCUCAUCCUUGGUAUGCUCUGUGGGGCUGUAAGUGUGGCAUUCACUCGAUUGGUUGCUUGGUUUACAAGGUUUUUUGACUACUUAAAGGAAAGAUUUGCACUUCCUGCGGUUGUUUGCCCUGCUUUAGGGGGUCUAGGUGCUGGUAUAAUAGCUCUGAGGUACCCUGGGAUACUGUAUUGGGGAUUUACAAACGUGGAUGAAAUUCUACAUACGGGCAAAAGUGCUUCUGCACCUGGCAUAUGGCUUUUAACUCAGCUAGCUGCGGCAAAAGUGGUAGCAACUGCUCUGUGUAGAGGUUCUGGGCUAGUAGGCGGCCUGUAUGCCCCAAGUUUGAUGAUUGGUGCUGCUGUUGGGGCUGUCUUUGGUGGUUCUGCUGCAGAAUUAAUAAACUCUGCUAUCCCGGGAAAUGCUGCUGUUGCUCAGCCUCAAGCCUAUGCCCUGGUAUUUUCAGUUGAAUUUUCCCCUGUUAAAAGUGAAAUUUGGUUCACGAAAGAUAACAUGUCUUUCCCAAAUGUCCAGGUUGGAAUGGCGGCCACAUUAGCUUCUGUUUGUUCUGUUCCCCUGACAUCAGUUCUACUUCUGUUUGAACUGACAAAGGACUACAGGAUUCUUCUUCCUCUUAUGGUAUUCUUGGCCUUUCCUUAUGCUGUUUUCCUGGCUUGUGCAAUGUUUUCCAUUUAUUACAUAGAACUUUCCCAGUCUUUUGUUCGACUGGAUUACAGGACUCUUCCUCCGAUCAUGGUAUUUUUGGCCUUUGUCCUCUGCCUUCUGGAAUUGUUUUCUACUUUAUACAUCGAGCUUUCUUUUUUCUUGUUAAUCUUUUCUUUUAAUAUCCAUUGUGUUCAUGAACUGGUAGGAGGGUUGGUUUUAGUAUUUCCGUGCACAAUAUUUUUCUGAUGUCUCAUUUGUACGUAUGGGCACGUUUUUCGCUUUGUAGUUGGCUCAUUGUUAUCUUUUUUUAUUUUUGGAUGAAAAUAUUGCAAUAAUAUUUUUAACUUUGUCAUUUCAUCCCUGCUGCACAUUAGAAAAUAAGCAGUCUUUACAGUAGAUUCUAUGGGGAUCUGACAUAAAAUAAUUGUGGCAGGGUGCUGUUGGUUUAGCAAUAUGGGUACCCUCCGUAACAAAUCAGCCCAAGGAAAGAGAGGCAUAUUCCCGUGGUCAUGGUUAUUCUACUGUUUCCCCGGUUGAAGAGAAAAAUGAGGCUGUUUUGAGAUCAGAUGGAGGUGAUGAUUUAGAACUCUCAAUUGUAGGUGGCAAUACAAGCCUAGAGAUAGAUGAAGAUGCCAUUCUUGAUGAACUGAAGGUUUGCCCUUGACCUUUGUUCUUUUACAUACUAAUGCUCUUCGCCAUUGCUGAUAUUUGCAUAAGAUGCCGGAAUUUAGUAGAGUUAUGUUAACUGACCAUUCUGUCAACAAAAGGCUUAGAGAAUGUGUUUGUGCGCAGGUCUAUCAAGCAAUGUCAAAAAACUAUUUGAAGGUUUCAGGACUGAUUACUGUAAUGGAAGCAAUGACGCUAAUGCAUGAUAACCAGAAGACUUGUCUAUUAGUCGUUGACGCUGAAGAUAUGCUCGAGGGAAUUCUUACUCUUGGUGAUGUUCGCAGAGGAGUAUCUAGACAAUCUGCAGAAACGUCCAGUUCUCCGGAGUGUGAUUCAGUAGUUUCUGAUGUAUGUGGAUUCUUUCAACUAUAUUCACGUAGCGUUUUGCUUGUUUCAGAACUGUUCUUGGUGCAAUUGCUGAAAAAGUUUUGCUCAAUGUCGUCAUGAUUUGAUAUCACUGUAUAGAUGGCUAUUUAAAAAGGCUGAGAAAUCAAAUAUACUGUUAAUUUUUUCACAAUAUCACUAUGGACUAUAUUCUUUUUACUUCAUUUGGUUUUUGAUAGAAAUUUUCUAGUAGCUCUCCCAGUUCUCUAGAGUAUCUCUCUUAAUUUGACCAGCUGGUGCUACAUAUUUCUGGAAGUGUCUGCAUAUUUCUUAUCUUGAUGAAUGGUUUUGACACUCUUCAUGCAUUAUUUUUCAUAUUCUGGAAGAAAAGAUUGAGCCAGAUACGUCCCCCAGAUACAUCGCUCAUAAGGGAACCCAAUUGCCUCAUCUCAACCGCAGGAUUAUUGUUUGCUCCCAUACGAUAGCCAUGAUUUUAUGAAUCAUUCCAACUGGUUCUUUAUUGCAUCCCCGAAGCUUCCUUCUUUCCUUUUUUGUUAUUCUAUUAGCUCCCUUGGGCUACUAAUCAUAACCCCCCAAAGGAAGACUCAACCUGUUCGUUGUUCAUGAUUUCACUGAUUUCAUCAAAGGAACGACGUCGUAUAAGAACUGGAUUUCCCUGGCCUUUGGUUGGCUUUUGUUCUGAAGAACUUGUUCUUACUGCGCAUCUCACCCUCGUCAGGUGAGCGACUGCCUCGUAUCUUCCAUCUGCACACGGAGCACAAGCUAUAACGGAAGCGUCCGAGGGCUCUUAACAUGCUUCCCAGACACCGAGUUGACGACCGCAAGGCAACUAAUGGAAGCGAAGAACGUGAAGCAUCUACCAGUCGUCGGACGCGGUGGUGACUCGAGAAAGGAUCGAAAGCGCAAGCUUCUGGGACUUAUUCGCUAUGACUCAAUCGCUCGCUGUCUACGGUCAGUGAUUCUCUUUUAUCUUCCUAGAACUGCUCAUGCCCAUCACAUGCCGUUGCCUCUGCCUUCUCCCCUCCCUGAUGCUUCUCGGACAUGAUUCUCUUCUAGUAUCAUUGACUCUGAUGAUUUGCAGAGAGGAAGUCGAUCGCCGGAGAGCUUCCCACCGCCAGAAAGCAGAUCAUCUGGAGCUGAUCACGAAUGGUCACUGA